AUGGAUGGCGCUACGGAUGGUGCAGUAUUGAUGUCGUUUGGCUCCAUAGCAAAAAGUUCCGAAAUGAGCCCAGAUUUGAAAGAGAUUUUCACUGGUGCAUUCAAAUCCAUGCCGAAUCUGAAAUUUCUUUGGAAGUACGAAAGUGAGAACGAUCCAUUGGUUGAGGCUCCAAAUAUCAUCAAGAAAAAAUGGCUGCCUCAAAACGAUCUCCUCUACCAUCCCAAUCUGCGUGUUUUUAUAACGCACUGUGGUUUAAACAGCUUAUUUGAAAGCGCAUAUGCUGGAGUGCCACUAAUAUGUAUACCACUGUUUGGUGAUCAAUUACGAAAUGCAAAAAUUGUUGAAAAGCGAGGCAUCAGCAUAAGUCUACACAAAAAUACACUAAGUUCAAUGGCUUUGAAGACAGCUAUAAAUGAAAUAAUGCUGAAUGAUAAGUAA